GACAAUACAAUCGUCCUUGCCCUCUUUACCUUCCGGCUAUAUGAUCGGAAAAUCUGCAUGAUAGAAGGUGACAUUAAACCUGGGGUCACCCGCACCUUAUAACCCCAGUACGUGCGGAGACACCAGUAGUGAGAAAGUGUCUCUCGUCAGGAGGAAGUACUCUCCUUGACUCUACUGAAAGACACACACGCUUACGAACACACUGUCAAGAUGAGGGCAUGCCAUGUUCUCCUCAUCCUGGCUACACUGACUUCAAUUGAGUUAUCGUACACACAACGAACUUGUGGUGAAAUCAGCAUCAGCAACGCCAUUCGUAGCGGAUGUGCGCCGCCGUUUUAUGUCCGCGAAACAUGCAACUUUGCGUGCCGGCCAGGGUGCCAGAGACGGAGGGGACGUACAACCCUCCACUGUAGGCUCAGGAGGGGGCACCCGAGAUGGGUAGGAAGUCGGCUGGUCUGUCAAUGCCGCCCAUGCAGAAGCAGGCCUACCGUACCCAACACUAGCGUCACCGGAUGCGCACCUACAUACACUGCUGGAGAAACUUGCACCUAUCGAUGUAAUGCUGGAUUCAUCGCAGGCGGAGGGGAUGCCACUAGGACGUGCGUAAACAGACGUUGGAGUGGCAGAAACCUCAUCUGCAACCGUAAUCGCUGUCCCAGCAGACCUACUGUAGCUCACACUGUCGUUACCGGCUGUACGCCCCCUUACGAUGCGGAGGAGACCUGCACCUACGCGUGCAGCUCGGGAUUCACGAGUGAUGGCGGCGACAGCACAAGGACGUGUAGGGGCGGGGCCUGGAGUGGGACAGACCUCGUCUGUGAGAGGGAGCCUGCCUGUGGAAACCCGACUGUGUUGUCUGGAGACUCUGGUUCCUUCACGAGUCCGGGAUAUCCCAGCAACUAUCUCAACAACCAACGGUGUUCCUGGAAGAUAUCGGUCUCUCCUGGGAAAGUCGUUGCCAUCAGCUUUUCUGCCAUGGACAUCGAACCUCACCAUCGGUGUGGUUAUGACGCCGUGGUUGUGCACGACGGUUCCACCGCCGCCUUCCCGGUGAAGGCGAGACUGUGCGGCAACAGUGCCGACCGGGUCCUAACUACCGGAAGUGACGCAUUCGUCUUCUUCACCACCGACGGGUCCGUCACUAAACCCGGUUUCAGCGCAUCCUUCCGCGCCGAGGAUCCGCCUGCUCCAGUACAAACCUGCAGUCCCGACCUGUUCACGUGUGAGAACGGAAACUGCGUCAGCCACGGUGUGAGGUGUGACGCAAAUGACGACUGCGGUGACGGAAGUGACGAGGCGUCCAUUACGUGUCAGUCUGGGUGUGGCAGUCCAAGCUUCCUACGGGGUGUGUCCGGCUCCUUUGCGUCGAUGAACUACCCCAGCGCGUACUCUAACAACGCCAACUGCCAGUGGAACAUUUUCGUCCGAGACACCAAGGUCAUCCAGCUGACCUUUGACGCUUUUUCCCUGGAGAGAUGUCCUUACGACAAAGUCACCGUCUAUGAGAGUGGACAAGAAGUCGCAAGCGGUUGUGGUAGUAACGCGCCUAGCUACGUCUCGACCACCAAUGGAAUACGCGUUGUGUUCCGAUCCGACGGCUCCGUUAUCAACACUGGAUUUCUUGCAAGGUUCAGAGAGGUUGACCCAUCAGCGACCCUCCCUCCUACUCCCACUACUCGCCCUCCGUCGGGAUCGGGAUCCUGUGGAAACCCAAUAGCCCUGCCGGGUGACUCGGGCUCCUUCACCUCUCCACAAUACCCGAGCAGCUACCCAAACGGCGCGAGGUGCUCUUGGACCAUCUCUGUUACGCCGGGAAAAAUCGUCGUCAUCAGGUUUUCAUCGUUUAAUUUGGAAGCGGGGCCUGGAUGCGGCUAUGAUUCUCUGGCCUUACAUGAUGGAACAAACCGAAAUGCUACUCUUGUCAAGAGGUUAUGUGGUUCGAGCUCUCGCGAGCUUGCCACGAGCGGAAGUGACGCAUUCCUGCUCUUCACGUCGGACGGGUCAGUGACUCGGUCUGGCUUUUCUGCGACCUACAGCGCUGAGGACCCUCCACCGACGUGUUCCCCCUCCGACUUCACCUGCUUUGAUGGAACCUGUGUCAGCAAUGAGACAACGUGCGACGGAAAUAACGACUGUUCAGACGGAAGUGACGAGUUUGGAUGCAUUAACCCGGAGUCAUCCUGCGGAGCUCAGCCCAUCCACCCUGUGUUCCCGCCGCUGAACCGGAUCGUGGGCGGGGAAGGUGCCGUGUCCAGCAGCUGGCCCUGGCAGGCAUCCCUCCAGACGUCCUCUGGCCACCGCUGCGGCGGGACGCUCGUCAGUCCACAGUGGGUCGUCACUGCUGCACACUGUGUGGACGACAAUCCGAACCCGAGUCGUUAUACUGUCGUCCUAGGCAUGCACCACAAAAUCGGUAUCAGUGACAGCACCGAGCAACGUUUCAGUCUCGAGCAGGUGAUCAUUCACGAGCAGUACCAGUCCUCUCCGGUGCCCAACAGGGACAUCGCCCUGUUGAAGCUUAACCAACCGGCCACCCUGAACCAGUACGUCAGGACAGCAUGUCUGCCGGACGGCGCAGAGGACGAACCUGCAGCGGGAACCACGUGUGUCAUCACAGGGUGGGGAGACACCCAGGGUACUGGAGAUGCCAACAUUUUGAAGCAAGCUCGCGUGCCGGUGGUCAGGCAUGAGGCCUGUAGAAACACCUACGGCAGCACCCGUCCGGUAACUCGAUUCAUGAUGUGCGCAGGUUACCCAGAAGGAGGCCAUGACACUUGUCAGGGUGACUCCGGUGGACCCCUGGUGUGUUCCCGCAGAGGCACCUGGGUACUGGACGGCGUGACCAGCUGGGGGGAGGGCUGCGCCAUCCCAGGAUACCCCGGGGUUUACACCCGCGUCAGCGCCUUCCUCGGCUGGAUCAACCAGAAAAUCAACUCAUCAGGCUAGAUCUGCACCUGAAUUUCAUUUUGUCAUUGAAUGCUUUAGAUGUUUUACGUAGUAAGCUAUUCACAUUUCUCAAAUAAAGCACAUCAGAUUUCGAAGGGACUCGAUUGUAACAUCAUAUCUAAGACUAGUGCUAACCCCAUAUUUAUUUUAAAAAGGAUGCUAAGCUUUACGUCGAUGAAGGUGACAUCCAGGUAAUACGA